CACUCUCCACUGCCUUACUCCAGCGUGACCCCUAAGCAAAGCAUUCUGGUUACAGACUUCCAGUCUAAGAUGGAAGGAGAAAUGUGUCCAAGAACGAAGAUUGGGGUAUUGGUAAUUACUUUCCUGUUCUUCCUGAAUCGAAGCCACAAAAUCAUGGCUUCCGACCCAGAUCCUGUCCUAGAUUUCUGCAUACCCUAUACACCAAAGCCGGAAUCGGUAACGAUCGGCCCACUCAGUGGCCUCCAUUGGUGCAAGAACGCAUCGGAAGCCACCGCAGACGACUUCAUCUUCUCCGGGAUAAAAUCCGCCGGAGACUUCAAAGAGUCUGGCUUUUCAGCCUUAUCUAUUAACCCCACAGCCUUUCCGGGGCUUAACACGCUAGGGAUGUCGUUCGUGAGGGCAGACCUCGACGUGGGUGGCAUCAAUGUGCCUCAUUUCCACCCAAGAGCCACAGAGGUGGCAUUGGUUCUGGAAGGAAAGGUUUACUCGGGUUUUGUUGAUUCGGCGAAUCGGAUUUAUGCGAAAGUGAUUGAGAAAGGGGAGGUGAUGGUGUUUCCGAGGGGUCUGGUUCAUUUCCAGAUGAAUGUUGGAGAUUCGCCGGCGACGAUUUAUGGGAGCUUUAACAGCCAGAACCCUGGAUUGCAGAGAAUCCCGGCGGCGGUUUUUGGGUCCGGGAUCAAAGAAGAGCUCUUGAAGAAGGCGUUUGGAUUGAGUGGAGAGCAGAUCGAUGAGAUGAGGAGGAAGUUCAGACCAAAGGAGGAGAGAGAGACUCAUAGCUAGAGUCUGAGAUUUGCUAUCUCAUGAUCUCAUCAGAAUUGUAACCUUACAUGCCCUUGGAAUUGUGGAAUUUGAUUUAGAUACUCAAUUUCAGAAUUUUUUUUCA